AUGGGGUCGUCUGCGUCCAAGGCUGCCCUCGGGGCGACCACCGAUGAGCCUAUGGAGCCCAAGGCGAAACACCUGGCGGACCUCAUUCAGUACAUAAAUGGAACAAACAUGAGCGUGGAUCAUUUGGCUGAUGUUCUUUCUGAAAAAACCGGGAACAGCAGCUGGGUGGUAGUGUUCAAAGCCCUGGUUACUGUACAUCACCUUAUGGUGCACGGAAAUGAGCGUUUUAUCCAACAUCUUGCAUCUAGAAACUCUUUGUUUACUUUACACAACUUCCUGGAUAAAAGUGUCAUAGAAGGCUACACCAUGUCAACCUUCAUCAGACGAUACAGCAGGUACUUGAAUGAGAAGUCUCUUGCAUACAGACUGAUUGCAUCUGACAUCACCAAAACCAAGAGAGGGACGGAUGGUACGAUGAGAACUAUGGAUACAAAGCAGCUGCUAAACACUCUUCCAGUCAUUCAAACGCAGUUUGAUGCUCUUCUUAAUUUUAAUGCAAAUCCUGAUGAGCUAACCAAUGGUAUAAUACAUGCUGCUUUCAUGCUUCUCUUUAAGGAUUCUCUUCGCCUCUUUGCAGCCUAUAAUGAGGGGAUCCUUAAUCUGCUAGACAAAUAUUUUGAUAUGAGGAAAAACCAAUGCAAGGAAAGUUUGGAUAUUUACAUCAAGUUCCUUGAAAGAACAGCCAAACUGGCACAGUUCCUGAAAGUUGCAGAGCAAGUUGGAAUCGACCGGAACGACAUUCCAUAUCUUACACAGGCACCCCACAGUUUACUUGAAGCACUAAAACAACAUUUAGCUUCUUUGGAAGAGAAAAAUGACAGUUUGCCUCCUUACAGAUUGGACGUGGAGUGGCCCCAGCCCUCAGAGACGGAAAUUGCUGGUGGAAUGAAAUGGCAGUUGAAUACCUACACCUGCACAUCAACCCUCUGGAGACAUAUUUCUAUUCCUCCUGUUCCCCACAUGCAGGCACGUGACCCGCUCAGGGUUAAGCCGCACGUCCGGCCUCCUCCUCGGGCCUGUGGCUCCAGCCGGCGGCAGCUCAGCGUCUGCAGCCUCAGUGCUGCUGCUCGGCCCUGUCCUGCGCGCGCCACCCGACGGUCGCCCGGGACCUGGGUGUUGGCCUCGCCCCUGUAA